AUGAGUUCCACAACGUCCGACGGCAUGUUUUCCUGGCUCCCGGGAGUCCAGAAGCCUCUCAUCGUGAGCGCACCCAUGCUGGGCGCCUCUAAUGGCACCUUGGCAGCCGAGGUUUCCAAGGCCGGAGGUCUAGGCAUCGUCCCGCUCGGCAUGGACUUCACCCCCGGCGGGGCCGGCCUCAAGACCAUGGCGUCCGAGCUUGCCACCGCCCGGCGCGUCCUGGGGCCCUCGGCGCCACUGGGCGCCGGCUUCCUCACUUUCCACGGCAGCGUGGGCCGCUUCGCCGAGUCCGCGAUCCCGAUGCUGAGAGAGCACAACGUCACGGUCGCGUGGCUGUUCGCGCCCGACCGCGACGCCGAGAACGCGGGCGCCGCGCCGCACGCCGAGAUCAUCGCGGCGCUGCACGGGGCCGGGAUCAAGGCCAUGGUGCAGGUGGGCUCGGUGGCGGCGGCGCGCGAGGCGGCGCGCGAGGGCGCCGACGUCAUCGUCGCGCAGGGGACGGACGCGGGCGGGCACCAGUUUGCCUGCGGCGCCGGGGUGGUGAGCCUGGUCCCCGAGGUGAGGGACAUGCUGGACGAGGAGUUUGCCGGCCGGGGCAUCGGGCUCGUGGCGGCGGGCGGCAUUGCGGACGAGAGAGGGGUGGCUGCGGCGUUGGUUCUGGGUAAGCGAGCGGCGAAUCAGCGAGCACUUCGGUCUGCUGUUGCGUGUGCUGAUGUCAAGUGGAUAGGUGCGGACGCUGCUGUCAUGGGAACCAGAUUCCUUGCUUCUGAAGAGUCUACGGCGGGAGGGCACUAUCGAAAGGCCAUCCUAGAGGGCAAAGAUGGCGGCCAACUGACAGUCAAAUCUACCUUCCAUGACGACAUCCGGCAGACAGUUGUCUGGCCACAACUGUACGAUGGACGAGCGAUCAUCAACAAGUCUUACGAGGAGCAUGUCUCGGGCGUCACCUUUGAGGAGAACAGGAAGAAGUAUCAAGAGGCCGUGUCUAGUGGCGAUGGCACUCGUCUUGUUACGUGGUCGGGAACUGCAUUGGGUCUGGUCAAGGAGGUCCUGCCUGCCGGAGAAAUUGUCAGGAAGGUCAGGGAAGGGGCGAGGCAGAGGAUCCAGAAGGUGCAGUCUGGCCUGUAA